UGAAUGGUUAGGCCCGCCCCUCCCCCGCAGCUGAAGACUUCCCCUCCCGCAGUGACAGAGCCUCUGGGUCGGUGAUCCGUAUUGCUUGUGCACCUCGCGCCCCAGCAGGCAAAUUAACAUGAUGGAUUUCUCUAAGCUACCUAAAAUACUUGAUGAAGACAAAGAAAGCACAUUUGGUUAUGUGCAUGGAGUCUCAGGACCUGUGGUCACUGCCUGUGACAUGGCAGGUGCAGCCAUGUAUGAGCUGGUGAGAGUGGGCCAUAGUGAGCUGGUUGGAGAGAUUAUUCGACUGGAAGGUGAUAUGGCUACUAUUCAGGUGUAUGAAGAAACUUCUGGUGUAUCUGUUGGAGAUCCUGUGCUCCGCACUGGUAAACCCCUAUCGGUAGAACUUGGUCCUGGCAUCAUGGGAGCCAUUUUUGAUGGAAUUCAAAGACCUCUAUCGGACAUCAGCAGUCAGACCCAAAGCAUCUACAUCCCCAGAGGAGUCAAUGUGUCCGCACUUAGCAGAGAUAUCAAAUGGGAUUUUACACCUUGCAAAAACCUUCGGGUUGGGAGUCAUAUCACUGGUGGAGAUAUUUAUGGAAUUGUCAAUGAAAACUCACUCAUCAAACACAAAAUCAUGUUACCGCCACGAAACAGAGGAACUGUAACUUACAUUGCUCCACCUGGGAAUUAUGAUACCUCUGAUGUUGUCCUUGAGCUUGAAUUUGAAGGUGUAAAGGAGAAGUUUAGCAUGGUCCAAGUCUGGCCUGUGCGUCAGGUUCGACCUGUCACUGAGAAGCUGCCGGCCAAUCAUCCUCUAUUAACUGGCCAGAGAGUCCUGGAUGCCCUGUUUCCGUGUGUACAAGGAGGGACAACUGCUAUCCCUGGGGCUUUUGGCUGUGGAAAGACAGUGAUAUCUCAGUCUCUAUCCAAGUACUCCAACAGUGAUGUGAUUAUCUAUGUAGGAUGUGGUGAAAGAGGAAAUGAGAUGUCUGAAGUUCUUCGGGAUUUCCCGGAGCUCACAAUGGAAGUUGACGGUAAGGUUGAGUCCAUUAUGAAGAGGACAGCGUUGGUAGCCAAUACCUCCAACAUGCCUGUCGCUGCUAGAGAAGCCUCUAUUUAUACUGGAAUUACACUAUCAGAAUAUUUCCGUGACAUGGGCUAUCAUGUCAGUAUGAUGGCUGACUCUACCUCUAGAUGGGCUGAAGCCCUUCGAGAAAUCUCUGGUCGCCUGGCUGAAAUGCCUGCAGACAGUGGAUAUCCUGCAUAUCUUGGUGCCCGUCUGGCAUCUUUCUAUGAGCGAGCAGGCAGAGUGAAAUGUCUUGGAAAUCCCGAAAGAGAAGGGAGUGUCAGCAUUGUGGGAGCCGUUUCUCCACCUGGUGGUGAUUUUUCUGACCCAGUUACAUCUGCUACUCUUGGUAUCGUUCAGGUGUUCUGGGGCUUAGAUAAGAAACUAGCUCAACGUAAGCAUUUCCCCUCUGUCAACUGGCUCAUCAGCUACAGCAAGUACAUGCGGGCCUUGGAUGAGUACUACGACAAACACUUCACAGAGUUUGUUCCUCUGAGGACCAAAGCUAAGGAGAUUCUGCAGGAAGAAGAGGACCUGGCAGAGAUUGUACAGCUUGUGGGAAAGGCGUCUUUGGCAGAAACAGAUAAAAUCACUCUGGAGGUAGCAAAACUUAUCAAAGAUGACUUCCUACAACAAAAUGGAUAUACUCCUUAUGACAGGUUCUGCCCAUUCUACAAGACUGUAGGGAUGCUGUCCAACAUGAUUGCAUUUUAUGAUAUGGCCCGUAGAGCUGUUGAAACCACUGCCCAGAGUGACAAUAAAAUCACGUGGUCCAAUAUCCGUGAACACAUGGGAGAGAUCCUCUAUAAACUUUCUUCCAUGAAAUUCAAGGAUCCAGUGAAAGACGGUGAGGCAAAAAUCAAGAGUGACUAUGCACAACUUCUUGAAGAUAUGCAGAACGCAUUCCGUAGCCUUGAAGAUUAGAACUGUGAUUUCUUUCAUCUUUUUCCUCAGCAGACUGAUGUGUAUAUUUUCCUAAAUUUCUCAUCUCAAACCCUUACUUCUUUAUCGUGCAGCUUUGAGACUAGUGCCUAUGUGUGUUAUCAUUUGUUUCCCUGUUUCAUUUGGUAGGUCUUAAAGUAAAACAAACAUUCCUUUGUUCUAGUGUUUGAAGGACCUCCCUGCCCCUUUAACCCAAGUGGUGAAUGUAGUAAAUAUGAUAUAUAAUGGCUACACUACUGUAAACGUGUGUGUAGGGUGAAAACCCUCCUUGUCCUGUUUGCCCUUUCCUUUUCUGCAUUAAAUUGUAUACAGGACUACUGCAUGUAUUCUCUUUGCAAUGGAUUUGCAACGAAAGGCAAGAUUUCUAUAUUUUUUGUUCGGCACUUGUGAGAUGCCUCAGUAUCUGUGUGGUAAGGUCAUUUGCAGGUUAGCAUUUUGCUAAGUAACUGCUUUGCAGGAAAUAUUUACUUUAAAAAAAAAGAAUGAUUAAUGUUCCAAUUAUGCAUUACUUCCCCCAUAUAAAUCAGGAAUACUUAUGGGGAACUAUAUUGUUUUUAAAACAGGCAUUUGUGGAGCUCAGCACAAUAUGUGAAUCAGUACCUUUUCAAAAAGUGUAAAAAGUCAGGUGGUCAAACUUCAAUUAACAUCAUCUUAGUAAAGCUUACUUUAUUUCAGUAGGAAAAAUUCAGUAUCAAGGACUAUUAUAUGUUGCAUUGCUGGGAAAUGCUUUUUAAAAUGACAUUUAAAACAAUCACUGGAAAUGUGAUCCACAUCAUACCCUCUUUCUUUUCCUUAAACGUCUUAGCAGCCCAGGCUCGUAAGAAUCCUGUGGCAGCAUGAUGGGAAGUAAAAUGCCACAGAGCAGAUACACAGCAGACAUUAAAGGCUGAGUGUGCCCUCAAGGAUCAGCUGGGCUGUAGUGAUUGCUGGGGCCAGAACGGCGUGUUGUGUUCACAGAGUAAUGACAUGUGUCAUGUCUGUAUGUUUGCUUACUUGCUGAAUUUUGAAACAACCAAUUUACCAAUUGUAGAAAACAUGGCUUUCUUUCACGUGGUUUUUGAUUCAGACUCAAAAGGUUCCUCAGUUUAUCUUUGGCCCUAGCAACAUGACAGUUUCCAUUUUGUUUAGUAGAGAUGAAAUUAAUUCUUGUAUCUGCUGGUGACAGAAUUUGGGUCAUGUGAAAAAAGAAAGAUCAUUUCAUCCCAUCUCACCUGAGAGCAACAUUUUCCCGUUAAGUUUUUUUAACCGAUAGUGCUGGCACCAUUGCUUUCUCUUUGGGAAGAGGAAAGGAUGUGUGAGCACGACAAACAGUCUCAAAUGUUCAAAUGUAAUCGCAUAAAUAAAGGACUUUAUGCCUCAACAUAUUACUUAAAUUUCUAGGUAAUGCAUGUCUUUUGGUCUGUUAAGGAAAGGUGCAAUCAGUAAAGAAUUCAGAUACAGUUUUGUUUAAAUCCUUGCAGAUUACAUGUUUUUGUAGUGGCCUGCUAAUCAGGGAAGGUGUUCUUCCAAGGAACUUUAUCUAACCUUUCAGAAUAUUGACAGAAAAAAUUAUGCAAUGAUGUUGAAAUGUGGAUUUAAUGGUGCUGCUUAAUCAGUUUGCUUCCAAAGUGGCCUCUGACCCACAGGCUGCAGGACUAGUGGGGAUUUAAGGGAUUUCAAAAACAUUCUACUCCUACCUUAAACCUACCAACAAACUAGGAUGAUGAUAGUAGCGAACGAUAUGAAGAACGUUUGCCCAAGUUUGUUAUUUGUUCUUAAUUUGAGAUGUCCAUUCUCACUCCUUUAAGAAUGCUGAUGUAUGAGUGUGAAGAUGCCAGAGAAACUGCUCAGAUAUUCACUGUAAGCGUCCCUUCACCUGUAUGUUGUAGGAUUUCAGACUGGUCACUGAUCGUAUUCCUUUAGUAAGAAUGUGUUAAAAUUACAACGCUCUUUUAAAAAGAUGAUGCAGUUCUAUAUUUAUUGUGCUGUGCCUGGUCCGAAACAGGAGCCAGUUAAACAAGUUUCAUAUGUAUUUUUCCAGUGUUAAAUCUCACACAUUGUACCCUUCGGAAAUUUCCUUCCAUCCUAAAGAACGAAGAGAAGAGGCUAUCUAUGUAUUGCCUCUCUAUCCUUGAGAUUUCACUCUUUAUGUUAAAAGUUGUGUAUAAUUGUUAAAAAAAAAAAUCUAUGAAAGAAUAAAAAGUGGAUUUAAAUUAA